AGAGAGAUUACAGUAUCUCAACGUGCGAGACGGCCCUGUGGUCGCGGAACCGGCAGAACGAUUACUCGUUGGGUGGCCCCCCUCCCGCCCUGCGCAUUAGGUAAGCUCCCGACCUUUCGAAGCGGAGAUGAAUGCCUCGUUGCGCGGGCCCGGUGGAGCCCAGCGAAAACUCGUGGAUCGAGUCUAGAUGCCAAGGCACCCCCCAAGCACAGCUGUGCGUGCUAAAAGGUGCGCACGGUGGCCCAAUUAGUCAAGCCCACCGGCGUUUCGGCGUCGGACCCAUCGGAUCCCGGCGAUGGCAGUGACAUCAGCGGUGUAUCUGGGGUGCUUGCGUGCAACUGCCAAGGAUAAGAUAACACGAAUGUAUAGAAAGGGACAUGUGGCACCUACGCUACUGAAAACGACAAAAUCCGCUCAAGCCGCCAGAUUGUGCAGCUCCCCGACCAACCGGGCCUUGGCUGGGGCAGAUUUCCUUCCUUCAAGAAGGCUACCACCUCCCCCACCGUCUUGGCUUGUUAGCACGCCGCUCCGCUCAAAGUUUGGGGGCAGGAUCGUCUACGGUAUUUUACGUUGUGAACACGUUCGCGACUCCGUCUGCGAAGGCCGUGCAGUGGCGGAGGUGACUUGGGCAAGAGUCUGGUAUAGCAGCGGUACGACAUACAGCUCGUUCUCGACUGGCGAAGUCCACCCUCCAGAAACACCCCGGCCAUACCAAUAACCAAGCACAGAACAGCGCCGCUCAGGCAUUCGCACCAUGUUCAAGGCAGAGGGUGAACAGAACUCGACUGGGCAGUCGAUCGGGAGGGCCAAGGUCUCGGUGGCUACGAGCAUGAUUUCUGUAGCGUGAUUUCCAGCGAGCGUCCCAACGCGACUGAGUCAGAGGAAUAUCUCAGUAACGACAUCCAGCGAGAGACUAUCAUUAAUUAGACGAUGUUGAAUAAUAACUGCGACUCCUGUAUCAGCAAGGGCAGGAAUU